AGCUCAACGAUCUACCGUAGUGACUUGCGGCAAGAAAGAAACGAUCGCUUGAUAUGCAUGCACACCUCCGGCAAAUUCGGAGACGUUCUGUGAAAAAAUCAACGCUUCAAGUGCUUCCGGUAAGGAGCUAGCGGGUCUGAAGAAGAAGAAGAAGAAGAAGAAGAUGAAGAAUAUGAUGAUGACACGAAAAUCGUGAAAUCGCGUAUGAGCGAAUUCUCGCGUGGACGACUGAAGCGAAGCCAAUUCUCCAAAAGGAGGGAAGAUGUUAAAGUUGAAAUACGAAGCGGGGUUGGUGGUCUGUCUGUUGAUGAUAAUUAUAUGUACUAUUCGUUCACUAAAAAUCAAGAUAAAAAGUUUCUGCGAAAAUGUGAACACGGGAGUUUUGUUUACGAUGUAUCUUUACCGGAAUUUGUUCGUGGAAUUGGAAAGGAUAAAAAUGGUUUUCUAUACGUCCUAUGUUCCAGUACCAAUUCAAAAGUGUUUAAAUUUGAUGAAGAACUGAACCCAGUGCGAAAAACAAAUAUACACUGUGCAGAACAUUUUGGUGUGGCAUAUGGAAUUUUGGUGACUGAUGAACAUGUUUUUGUUUGCGCACAAGUUAAACAAAAGGUAUGCAUUUUGGACUUGGACCUGAAUCUUCGGUAUUUCUUGAAAUUAUCUUUUGAACCCAUUGGAAUUACGAAGCUUAAUGACAAGUAUUUCGUUACCACUAAAGCUGCUAUUGGAAUCCUGGAUAUAGAUAUUGAAAAUAUGAAAUUUAGAGUGAAAAAUUGCGGGGAAAUGAAGACUGAUCUUAGUACUGAACAGUUCAAACCUGGAAUCGCACUCCGAGGAAUAUGUUCUGAUAACCAAUACUUAUAUGUGACAGAGAAAGAUGAGGAAAAUGGAGGCCGUGUAUUGUGUCUGCAUUACCAAGAAAACCAGUUGAUCCUCAAGUACUUCUGUCGAAAUUCUUGUCAGGAUUGCAAGUUGAAGAAGUGCUGCCCAGAUUGUAAUUGUUCACCAUAAUGACAAAAUCAUUUAUAGUCAAGGAAGUUGGGGACGAAAAUUUCACAUUCUCAGAUUAGCAUAUGAUGGAACAACAGCUACAAGUGAGACAAUUAUUGACGUAGUGUGAGUUACGUCAAACAGUGCUAGUUAACUGGUAGUUUUAUUUUUUCUCUUGACCAAUUGUACAAUUAUAGCUCAGAU